ACCAUGUGCACGUCCAGGCUCUUCACCCUCGUCCUGGUGGUGCAGCCACCCCGCGUCCUCCUGGGCAUGAAGAAACGCGGGUUUGGAGCCGGGCUAUGGAACGGCUUUGGGGGGAAGGUGCAGCCAGGGGAGAGCAUCGAGGAGGCUGCUCGGCCUCGCCUCCUGGAGGAGAGUGGACUGACUGUGGACACCUUGCAGAAGAUGGGUCAGAUCACAUUUGAAUUUGUGGGCAACUCGGAACUCAUGGAUGUUCACAUUUUCCGGGCAGAUCAUUUUCACGGGGAGCCAACAGAAAGUGAUGAAAUGCGUCCACAGUGGUUUCAGCUGGAUGAGGUGCCGUUCAGUCACAUGUGGGCAGAUGAUAUCUAUUGGUUUCCCCUGCUGCUUCAGAAAAAGUUGUUUCGUGGCUAUUUUAAGUUCCAAGGACAAGACACUAUCCUGGAGCACACCCUGCAAGAAGUGGAGGAAGUUUAA